AUAGCGUCUACAUCUCAUGAGGGAGCUAAGCGCAUUAUCACUGAGUUGGACUCUGGACUCGAUAGAUUACCAGCCGCUGGACUACUUCAGGCUAUUCUUUCCUGAAGCUGCCUUUCAGCUACUGUCAGACGAGACAAACAGAGGUGCUUGCAAAAUUCCAGUUUUCCAUUCCACACCCCGAGGUGAGUGCCUCCCUGCACACAGAUGUGCUGCUGCCCUGCACCUUUUCUGUGAAAAACAGCAACAACGGACUGAAGUUUGUAAUUAUAACCUGGAAGCGAAAUGGCAUUCAACUGGCUCAGUACCAGGCUGAAACAAUGAAAGACACCAGCAGGGCGGCGCUGUUGAUCAAUGAACUUCCAAAAGGUGAUGCUUCACUGCUUCUUAGGAAUGUCACCAUUUCAGAUGAAGGAGACUACGAAUGUGAAGUGCAUGAGGCUCCAAACACAAGAAGUGGCAAUGUGUCACUCAAAAUUACAGCUACUCCUAAGGUUUUUGUGAAACCAUCUCUGUUGUUGGUGGAUGAAGAAAACUUACUUGAGUGCCUGGUGGAAGGUUUUUACCCAAGAAACAUUUCUCUUGAGUGGUUCAAAGACUCCAUUUCACUUCCAAUGCAGGAACCUCUUCAUUUUAAGAACAAUUCAGAUGGCACUUUCAGCGUAGUGAAUCACUACAACUACACCCCCACUAGCUCUGAUAUUGGUGGGAACCUGACUUGCCAGGUGACAUCUGGCUCGCAGCUCAGACACAUGGUAGAGAUUCCUUUUCAGAUCUGCAAGCUGACCAUUGAUGUAUCACCCAGAACUCUGAUAAAAGGCAAAGAAGAGAAAGUUACAUGCAAGUUGAACGGCUGCCACUUCAGUAGAGCCAAUGUGAGCUGGAAAAGAAAUAACAGGACAUUCACUGUGAUGCAAUGCCGGGGCACAAAGGAAUGUGAGAGUGAGACCACCUUCAAGAUAAGCACUGCACCACAAAAAGAUGUGGACUACUCCUGUGAGGCUGAAGUAGACGGACUUGGCAAGCCACUGGCUGAACGUGUCGUGCUAAAUCUACAAGGUAAAGGUGAGCCAUCCAAUUUAAUGUUAAGGAUAUUUGUACACACCCUACUGGCAAUCCUUCUGGGUAUGGUAGUUUACAUGGCAGGUCAAAUCUAUCACAACAGCAGUUUCACCAUGUCGGACAUUGAUGUAAUCCAUGUAGAUGAGAAGAUCAUCAUGACUUGCAGCUUUUCUGGAAAACAGUGGAAAUUUAAAGCAGCAAAAUGGAGGUGCAAAGGGAAUGGAGAAGAGUGGGAUGAAACCCCAGCUGGUGACAGCACACGUGAUGAUGUACACAGUAGAGAGUAUGUCGUACGUGACAACUCAAGAAGAAGAACCUCACGAGACAAACAGGGUCCUGUCCUGCUGAGCAAUCAGAAAACAAGCUCUGCCAUUUAUAAGCCCAAGGAGUGGGAUGAAUUUCUGACUGUCCAGUGCCAAGUUACAGUUGUGUCAUCCAUCACAGGGAGAACACUAACCAAGAAGAAGGAAGCUCUUGUCCCAGUACUGAGAGAGGGAGAGUAGAAAGGUGACUUAAUACACACUCACGUCUUAUUAAGGAGGACAUACGCAUUGAGCAAGGCCACCUUUAGUGUGCUGCUGCUCAAACUACAAGCAAGUCAAUUAUUGACUUUCACUCUGAAAUUUUAAAGGAUCCCUAACAACAAAAAAAAAAUCAUCUCACUGGUGACAUCUAGUGGAUAUUUAGGAUUGAUUGAGAAGCUCUUCCAUCUUAAUGUAGACUGUGCACUUCAGAGGCUCAAGAUAAGCUAAUCGUGGUCCCCUUCAUGUUCAGGCAGGGUCCAUCUUUAAUCCUGGGACCACUAAAAUUGUAAAGUUCAUCACUUUUGGUUACAUUACAUGAGCUCAGAUGAGUAAAUUUAAAAUGGAAAUACUGUGUUGGCUGGGAUUGACUCCAGCAGACCCCCGUGACCCUAUGUUCGGAUUCAGCGGGUUGGAAAAUGGAUGGAUGGAUACUGUAGUAUGUUACUUAUAUAUGAAUCAAUGUUGAACAACGCAGCAUUUUCCCCCUAAAUUAUUUUAUAGACUAAUGUAACACAUUUAACCAAUGUAAUAUUUGUCCAGUCAGAUUAACAUGCAAAACUAAUCCAAAGAUUUUGUAAAAUUGAGAUCAGUUUGUCAAUCACUACCAAAAAUAGUUCAACAUUUUCUGUUGGUGCCAAUAUGUUCACUAGCUACCAUGUGACCCUUAACUAGUAUAAGCAGGUAUGAUAGUUGAUUGAUUAUAUAUUUUUUAUUCCAGAACCUAUUUAUUUUACAGCACAUGCAUAAUUCUGCUACAGUUCCUGAAUCGAGUAUUUUUUGAAUAACAACUAGUUUAGUACAGAGGCUUCAAUAACCGAGGGCCACUGCAGCUCAGUCUCAGUCUGAGGGUCCAGUUUCUGCAAUCAACACAAGUCUCACUUCUUACUCAUGUGUUUUCAGAUUGUACACUUUUUCCUACUAUAACAUUUAAGCCAGGUUUCUUCCUUAGUUUAUGUUUAAUUUUUUUAUGUCUUUUUUGAUUAAUCGACUACUAUACUGUAUACUGAUGUGUUUGUUAUUUGUCUAAUUAAUUACCUGUUCUGAGUCAAUUUUAUUUUAUUUGUCAAAUUUUCAGUUUCUAUGUGGGUAGUCUGAUGAUCCAUGUGGUUUGUGGGUGGGUCUCCAAGAGGCGGGGCCACCAAUACCUCACCACAAGGAACCACACCCCCAGCGUAUAAAUGGCAGGCUGGGAUAAAUGAGUUCCAUGUGGUUCAUUUGACUGUGCUUUGGUAGGAGAGAAUGUUGUAUCGUAUUGCUCUUGUAGCGAUUUUGUUGAUUUCCUGGAAAUUUUACCUGUCUUUGGAUUUUGUAUCCUGCAUUAUGUAUUGGGAUUUGUUUUGCUUUGUUAUAUUUCUGAGUAUUUUCUUAUAUUUUCCAAUUUUAUUAAUAAAUCCUUUUUGAUAAAGA